AUGGCCGGCACCGACGCAGAGAGACGCCAGGUCUACCUAGCCUGUAAACCAAUCUUCACAGGAAGCAAUGCAUCGCUGCGAAAGUUAAAGAAUGUCCAGAAACAGAUCAAUCUUCAUCAGUCCUCGCUUCAUACCCUGAUCCCGGGCUUUGCUGCCAAUCGAGUUGCAGUUAUCGCCAAGUACCUUUUGGAGAAGAGGGUGUUUGAAUCGGACGUCAAAGCGAAGAAGGAGUUUCCUGAUCUAUUCGUGUCGUCGUCUUCAAGAGAAAUAUGGCGUGAUACCUUUGAGAUCGAAGCAGCCCGUUCCACGGCGGAGGCGCUGAGUGAAAUUGCGUCGGUGUACGAAGGAGACGACGAGAAUAGGGAAGAAGACAUACCGUUGCAGGAAGAGGCUCAUGCCGAGCCAGAGAUCCCGGCGGAUCAAGGAACUGCUCCCGGGGAUAAGCCAGCAAAAGAGCCCGAUCUACCAGUCCCCUCGCUAUACCCCUUAUACUUCCCCUACCAUACGCAACACUCCAUCCUCUGUACCAUCCAACGGGUGCUAGAAGAAUGCUUCUUCGAUUUCACGAACAAAUGGAUGCCCGCAGAAAUCGAACGCAAUGGAUGGGACUGCGCCACCGCUGUGGAGCUCACUAAAUGGACAAGACUGCUACCAAAAUGGUCCGCAAAACUACCGGAGGAGUGUUUGCAAUUGCACGGCUCGGAAUUAGAUACGCUUCUCUAUACAAUCCGGAAGAUUCGCCAUACAGCCGUUCAUCGGCUGCGAACCACGGCACGGGGAAUCGGUGAACUGGCUCUCUCCGCCAUGAGACUCGCAGAGGUUCUACAGGAUGGGGCACGGAUAUCGCAAUUAGAGGAUCUCCACCUCGACAUUCAAGGGAAAAUCAAGGCGAUGGAGUUGAGCCAGAAUGCCCUUGAGGAACAUCUCAUUUCGGCGCUCAAAGCCAUACAGCUCCAACGGGAGGAACUCGACAGGAAAGAGGAGGAGCUCAGGAUGGCAACUGUGAACAGCGACAGGGAGAAUCGGGCCCUGGUUGGUUUUUUGAUCGAGAAGUCGGUGCAGAGGAUUUUCGGUGAUGAGAGUGACAGCGGGUUCACCACGGCUGAUGAGGGAGAUGACAAGCUGGUUUAA